AUGAGCGUCAAUACAGUCGAGUUCAAGUCCUUCACCGACCAGAAGCCUGGAACCUCGGGUCUUCGAAAGAAGGUCACCGUCUUCCAGCAGCCCCAUUACAGCGAGUCCUUCGUCACCAGCAUUUUGCUCUCCAUCCCCGAGGGCGCUGAAGGUGCUUUCCUGGUCAUCGGCGGCGACGGUCGCUUCUGGAACCCUGAGGUUAUCCAGCUGAUCGCGAAGAUUGGUACUGCGUACGGCGUCAAGAAGCUGUUGAUCGGUCAGAAUGGCAUUCUAUCCACUCCCGCCGCCAGCCAUGUCAUCCGUAAGAGAAAGGCCACUGGAGGUAUCCUCCUGACUGCGAGUCACAACCCCGGUGGCCCGAAGAACGACUUCGGCAUCAAGUACAACCUUGCCAAUGGAGGCCCUGCACCCGAAUCGGUGACAAACAAGAUCUUCGAGGCGUCCAAGACGCUCACAUCCUACAAGAUUGCCGAUAUCCCCGACAUUGACAUCUCCACAAUUGGCACAAAGACAUACGGAGACAAGCUGGAGGUCGAGAUUGUCGACAGCACAGCCGACUACAUGGAGAUGCUCAAGGACAUCUUCGACUUCGAUUUGAUCAAGAAGUUCUUCAGUUCCAACCCCGACUUCAAGGUCCUCUUCGACGGCCUGUCCGGUGUUACUGGGCCAUAUGGCAAGGCUAUCUUCGAGAAAGAGCUCGGCCUUGGCUCAGGCUCUACACAAAACUGCAUCCCGUCGCCAGACUUCAACGGUGGCCAUCCUGACCCCAACCUCACCUAUGCCCACAGUCUGGUCGAGACCGUCGACAAGAACAAUAUCCCCUUUGGAGCUGCCUCAGAUGGUGAUGGUGACCGAAACAUGAUCUACGGUGCCGGCGCCUUCGUCUCCCCCGGUGACAGUCUGGCCAUCAUCGCCCACUAUGCCCAGCUGAUCCCCUACUUCAAGAAGAACGGCGUGUACGGCCUCGCCCGCUCCAUGCCCACCUCCGGCGCCGUCGACCUCGUCGCUAAGAAGCAGGGCCUGAACUGCUACGAGGUGCCUACGGGAUGGAAAUUCUUCUGCGCACUGUUCGACGCCGACAAGCUGUCCAUUUGCGGCGAGGAGUCCUUCGGCACGGGCAGCAACCACAUCCGCGAGAAGGACGGCCUGUGGGCCAUCGUGGCGUGGCUCAACAUCAUCGCGGGCAUCGGCGUCGCCAAGCCGGAGGUCACGCCCAGCAUCAAGGAGAUCCAGAAGGAGUUCUGGACCGAGUACGGGCGCACCUUCUUCACGCGCUACGACUACGAGAACGUCGACUCGGAGGGCGCCAACAAGGUCGUCGGCACGCUGCAGGACCUCGUCGCCAAGCCCGACUUUGUCGGCUCCACCGUCGAGGGCCGCAAGGUCACAAAGGCCGGCAACUUCUCGUACACCGACCUCGACGGCUCCGUCUCCUCCAACCAGGGCCUGUACGCCUGCUUCGACUCCGGCAGCCGCAUCGUCGUCCGCCUGUCCGGCACGGGCUCCUCCGGCGCCACCAUCCGCCUGUACAUCGAGCAGCACAGCAGCGACCCCAAGACCUACGAGCAGGACGCUCAGGACUUCCUGAAGCCCGAGAUCAAGUUCGCCACGGAGCUCCUCAAGUUUAAGCAGUAUGUCGGCCGUGAUGAGCCGGAUGUCAAGACGUAA